AUGGUCCGCUUUGGCUGGCUCGUCGCACUGGCGGCGCUCGGCCGCGCGGCGCCGGAGCGUGCCGCGUCGCGGCUGCCGGUGGUCCGCGCCGCGAGCCUCGAGAAGCAGGCGCCUCGUCGGCCGCUUCCCGCCGUCAGCGAGGCGCAGCCCGUAGCUGCCAGGGCUCGGCGUGUGGUGGAUCGAAAUAACGCAACGGCCAACCUCACCGCUCGGGCAGCCGCUCGGCCCGACGCCACCGCUGGCUGGUGGGCGCGCGCCGGCGAGCCUCCGCCGCUGAGCGAGGUCGCCGCCGGCUUUGGCGGCGUCGGCGACGAGGCGGCGGGGCUGCAGCUGCUCGACAACCUUCCCACGGACCAUGCGGUACAGCGUGACCUCCACCGGCGCCUGGCGCGGGGCGCUCUAGGCCCCGAGGAUGAGACGGCGGAGGGGCUGCUAGCGGCCGCUGGCGCUUGGGGCGAAGGCGGCGGCAGCAGCAGCGGCGGCGGCGGCGGCGGCAGCGACAGUGGCGGCGGCAACGGUGCGAGAGGCGGCGGCCGCCGCCGCGUAGCGCGCCGGAGCCGACGCGCGGCGGACGCAGCCUUCGACGCGGAUUUCACCACCCGCGGCGAGGAGGAGAGCGAGGAGGAGCUGGCCGCGGCGCUGCGGCUUGUGCUGCAGUCGGACGAGUACGAGACGGAGGGCGAGGAGGGGCGGCGGCGCGAGCCGAGACAGCGGCGGCGGCCGACGCCGCGAGCCGAGCUCUUCACGCCGGCGGCCGCCUCAGGGUACGAGGGCCUGGAGGAGGAGGAGGCGGAGGACGAGGACGCGUUGCUCGCCGGGCUGGACAGCGUCGGCCUCGACGACGUGCUCUGGGGCCAGCUGCUCGCGGCAGCAGGGUUGGAGACAGCCGGGUCGGAGAUGGCUGGGCUGGAGCCGCUCGCGCGCUUGAGGAGAGAGCUGCCGGGGGAAGGAGAGGAGGAGGGUCAAGGGGCGGCGGCCCCCCAGAGCGAGGGGGAGCUGCUGCCCUCCCGGGCUGAUCUGCCCAUUCAGUCGCUUCUCGCAGAGCUGACGGACGCCGUCGGCGAGGGUAGCGCGGGCGGCGGGGGCGGCGAGGGCGGAGAUGACGCCGGAGAGGGGGCGCCGCCAGGCGAGGCCAUCGUAGACGACGACCUCGCCGCGGCGAUGGAGGAGCUGCUGCGCGCCGGCGGCGCAGAGGCUGGCGGUUUGGCAUUCGGCGGCCCGCCCCUCUUGCAGCGAGGCGAGCGCGCGGAGCUGGCUGCACCGGGCGAUGCCGGCCCGGAGGUAGGCCGAGCGAGCCAGAGCCGUCCGGGCCGAGGCGCGGGCGACGAGCUGCUGGCCGAGCUGCUCCAGCUCUCCGGCGAGGCGGGCGGCCAGACGGCCGACGAGCAGAUUACCGACGAGCUCACCCCGCCGCUCACAGAGCCGCUCGCGCCGGCCCGCCCGCCCGCCCGCUCUCGCCCCGCCGUCGGUGCGCCGUCCGCCGGCUUCGACGCGAUGAGCCUGGCGGUGCUCUCCGGCGGGAGCAGCGCCCUUGUGCCCGUGGUCGUCGCGCUCGACGCGCCGGUCUCUUCGGACGACGACUUGGCGACCCUGCCCGUGGCGAUGCCGUCCGACGGGUCCGGCACGGACCUGGCCGCAGCCGGGGAGGAGCUGGUCGAGCCGCUGACUCCAGCCGGCGGCGGUGCUGCGCAGCCGCGCGCCUCCCAGCACGCAGCCAGCACCGUCCCCGGACGCCCGCGCGCUUCCCAGCACGCAGCCAGCACCGUCCCCGGACGCCCGCGCGCCGCCCAGGACGCAGCCAGCACCGUUCCCCGCCGCCCGCAUCCCGCCGGCUUCGACGCGAUGAGCCUGGCGGUGCUCUCCGGCGGGAGCGGCGCCUUUGUGCCCGUGGUCGUCGCGCUCGACGCGCCGGUCUCUUCGGACGACGACUUGGCGACCCUGCCCGUGGCGAUGCCGUCCGACGGGUCCGGCACGGACCUGGCCGCAGCCGGGGAGGAGCUGGUCGAGCCGCUGACUCCAGCCGGCGGCGGUGCUGCCGGCGGGUGGGAGGAGCAGCAAGCCGAGGAGCAGGCGGUGCUGGACGCGCUCGAGGCACUCCGCUACCUCGACGCUCCCGCCGGCUCCGAGCAGCUUCUCGGGCUGGGCGGCGGAGAGGAGGGCGGCGGAGAGGAGGGCGGCGGCCGGGGCGGCCCUGUCUCGCUGCCCGAGGUGCUCGCCGCCGCCGUCCACGACUACCUCCGGCCGCCAGAGCCGCGUGACGCUCCCCGCCACUUGCCGCGCAUCGACAUGGACGUCGGCCCGCCGCGCGUCGACAUCGACUUGGGUAUCGAUGCGGCCGACCUCGCGCGUGACCUCGGCUUGGCCGCCGGCUUGGCGGGCGUCUCGUUUGGUGGGAGCUUCGCCUCUGGCUAUGGCUCUUUCGCGCUGCCCGCGGCGGAGCUAGCUGAGGCGCUGGCGUUCGGAAAGGCAGCCGAUGGUUCGCCCGGCCGCCUCCCGCGCAUCGACAUGAAUGUCGGCCCUUCGCGCGUCGACAUCGACUUGGGGGCUGACGCGGCGCAGCUGGCGCGUGAUUUGGGCUUGGCCACCGGCAUCGCUGGCGUGUCGCUCGGCGGCAGCUUUGCAUCGGGUGGCUCGUUCGCGCUGCCACCUGCGGAGAUGGCAAACGUUGCGUUUGGCAGGGCGGCCGGUCUGUCCCGUCUGCCGCGCAUUGACAUUGGUCUCACUUCGCCUCACUUCGACUUGGGGGCUGACGCGGCGCAGCUGGCGCGUGAUUUGGGCUUGGCCGCUGGCAUCGCCGGCGUGUCGCUCGGCGGCAGCUUUGCAUCGGGUGGCUCGUUCGCGCUGCCACCUGCGGAGAUGGCAAACGUUGCGUUUGGCAGGGCGGCCGACGGGCUGCCCCAUCUGCCGCGCGUCGACAUCGGCCUCACGUCGCCUCACUUCGAUUUGGGCGUCGACGCGGCGCAGCUGGCGCGUGAUUUGGGCUUGGCCGCUGGCAUCAACGGCGUGUCGCUCGGCGGCAGCUUUGCAUCGGGUGGCUCGUUCACGGUGCUGCCGACGGAUCUCCUCGCGUUUGGCGAUCGCUUCCCUGCUGCAGCGUCCCCCGAGUUGGUCGAGCCGUUGCGCGACAUCCCGCAGCUCGCAAUCGAUGCGGCCGACUUCGCGCGCGACGUCGGCCUCGUUGCCGGCCUGGCGGGCGUCUCGUUUGGCUCGUUCGCCUCUGGCGUCGGGUCUUUUGCGCUGCUGCCGACGGAUCUCCUCGCGUACGGCGAUGGCUUCGGGGCAGACGGCCACCCUCCGCUGGUGGAGCCGUUGCGAGACAUGCCGCAGCUUGGGGUCGAUGCAGCCAACCUGUUCAGAGACCUCGGCCUGGCAGCAGGCCUGGCCGCCGUCUCCUUUGGGGGAAGCUUCGCCUCUGGCGUCGGGUCCUUCGCCCGGACCGGCGCCUCUCCCUUAGUCCCUACGGAUGCGGGCUUUGCGGCCUUGGACGUGGGCUUGGACGCCCCGCUUCUCGACGAUCUUGGCCUCCUGCGAGAGCUGCCGGCGUUUGGAGCGCUGAAGCAGCUCGACGGCCUGCUGUCUGUCGGCGCGAGCUUCUCGUCCGCCGCCUCGUUUGGCGGCGCGGGCCUCAGCCCUUUCGACGCGCUCGAGGUGCUCGGUGUGGACAUGUUGCCGCCCGCUCUUGGCCGCGGCGAGCUCGGCGCGUUGCCGACUGCCGAGGACGUACUCCGCGACACCGAGGCGUUCGACUUUGGCUUGCGUGAGCUUGAGCUCGGCCGUCUCGUGGACGGACUUCAGCUCACCUCGCUCGGCGGGGGCAGCUUCGCCUCCGGCCUCUCCUUUGCUGGCGGGGGGCUGGCGGGCCGCGACGCGCUCGCCGCGCUCAACUUCGACGACCCGCUCGGCCCGCUCUUCGACCCGUUCGGCCCGCUCGGGCUGGAUACGGGGCUCGGUGAGGGGCUCGACGCCGGUGCGCGGCUCGGCCAGAAGGCGGCAGCGGCCGGGCUCGCGGGGCCGCUUGCCGGCUGGCGCGGCGUUGAGGGGCUGGACAGGCUGAGCGACUUUGAGCAGCUGGAGGGCCUCGAUCUGACGGACUUUGCUGCGCUCGGCCACUUGUCGAUGACGUCCGCCUUCACGUCGAUGACAUCCUUCACGCUCGGCGGUUUGCCCCAAGACCUGCUGGCGGCCGAGCUCGACUUCGACCGGCUCACUGAAGGAGGACCCUCAGGGCGCGCUGGACCGAAGGCCGCGCUGGACGCGCUCGCCACGGGCAUAUUCGAGGACGGGCUGCCGACCUUGCUCGACUUCGACACGGCCGGCUGGACCGAGGCGUGGCCCGACGCGCUGCGGAUGGACACGCUGCCCUCGAUGGCCUCGCUCACCUCCGCCACGUCCUUCGCGGGGCUCGACCCGCGGGCGGCGGAGCUGACGGACCGACUGCUCGACUGGGAGGCCCUGGAGGAGCUGCCCGCGGCGCUGGCGGGCGGCUUCCCCGGCUUCCCCGACGCGCUCAGCGACGAGGCGCUGCUCGAUUUUGCGCUGCCAGCCGGCCUGGACGCGCUGUCGAUGGCGUCGCUCACGUCGGCCCUCUCCUUCUCGCGUGCCGGGGCGGGCCUGCACGACACCGACCGGCUCACCGAGCUCCUCGAGUGGGACGCCCUCAGCGACUUGCAGCUGCCGGCGGCCGCCACGGCCGACUUUGGCUUGCCGGGCGGGGUCGAGCUCACAGACUUUGAGCUGCCGGAGUUGGACGCGCUGGCCGACUUCCACCUCCGGGGCCUGACCGGGCUGUCGAUGGCGUCGCUCACGUCGGCCCUCUCCUUCUCGCGUGCCGGGGCGGGCCUGCACGACACCGACCGGCUCACCGAGCUCCUCGAGUGGGACAACCUCGCCGAUCUGCAGCUGCCGGCGGCGAUGGCCGGCUUUGGGCCCGCCGGCAUUGGGCCCGCCGAGGAGCUCCUAGACAUGGACCGCCUCGACGGGCUGAGGGACUUCGACUUGCUCGGCGCGCCGAUGGCGGGGCUGUCGAUGGGCUCCUUCUCCUCGGCGCUCUCCCUUUCGGGCGGCGCGCCGCUGCCCGACCUCACCCUGGUCGAGGGGCUCCUCGACUUCUCCGAGCUCGAAGACGUGGCUGCGCUCAAGGACGUGGCUGCGCAGUCUCGCGCGGCUGCGGGCGGCUUCGGCCUGCCCGCUCUCGGGCUGCCCGACCUGCCCGAGCUUAGGGACAUUGAGCAGCUGGACGAGCUGCUCGACUUCCGCUUGCCGGGCAGCCCGGCCGCCUCCUUCUCCUCCUUCGCCUCGGCGCUGUCGUUCGGGGGCGCUUUGCCGGGGCUGACCGACCUGGCCAGGCUGGCGGACGCCGAGUGGCUCGAGACGCAGCUGGCAGGCGGCUUCGACGGCUUUGGCGGCCUCCCGGGCCACCCGCUCCUACCCGCCGCCCACCCGGCCGCCCAGCCCCUCGAGGCGCUGCUGCGUACCGACCUGCUGGGCACAGAGCAGGCCGAUGUGCUGCGCGACUUGGACCUGGACCUGCUCCGCGACCUGGACACGAGGGGCAUGUCCUUCGCGGGCAGCUUCACGUCGGCGGCCUCGUUUGGCGGGGUGCUCGGCGGGUUGCCCGCCCUCAGCCCGCUCGAUGGCUUGCCCCUGCUCGACGGCUUGCCCCUGCUCGACGGUUUGCCACUUGACGGCGGCCUGCCCGCGCUGCCCGAUGCGCUGGGCGGCGACGCGGUGCGCGACUUGGACCCCCUCGUCUUGGGCCUCGAGUCGCCGGAGCACUUGUCGAUGGCGUCGUUUGGGUCGGCGGUCUCGUUCGGGGGCGAUUUGGCCGCCUACUUAGGCCCACUCGCGCAGCCCUUUGGGGCGGCGACGGAGCCGCUGCAUGCGUUUGGACAGGGCGGCGCGCCCCGCCUGCCAGAGCUCGCGGACCUCGGGCCGACACACGGGCUACAGCUCCCAGGGCUGCUGGAGGUGGCCUCCACGGCGAGCUUUGGCUCGACGCUCUCGUGGGGCAGGGCGCAUUUCGCCGACGGCACCGACGGUUUUCCAGCACUCGAGGCCGCCUUCGGUGUCGGCAGAGCCGGCGGGCAGUGGGCGCCCCACCCCGGCCUCGACGUGCCGAUCGACGAGCUCACGCUCUUGGACGAACUCGGCGUCGCCGGCUUGGGCAUAUCGGCGGCGAGCUUUGCUUCGGCUGUCUCGCUUGGCGCCCAAGCCUUCGCCCUCGGGCAGGGCCCCGCGGCCGCCGCUUUUGGCGCGGCGGGGACGGAUGAUGCCGGAGCGCAGUGGGCGCCCCAUCCUCCGCAUAUGCCCGGCCUCGACGUGCCGAUCGACGAGCUCACGCUCUUGGGCGAGUUGGGCGUCGCCGGCUUGGGCUUAUCUGCGGCGAGCUUCGCUUCGGCUGUCUCGCUCGGAGCCCAAGCCUUCGCUUUCGGGCAGGGCGGUUUUGCGCCAGUGGCGGCGGCGGCCCCAGUGGAUGAGAUCACUCUCUUGCGGCAGCACGCAGCCUUGCUCGGACAGCCCGGGACCCCGGCGCUGGGGCGUCUCGGCGGUGGUUUCAUCGACAUCGAGUUGAUACCGCAAUCCUUCACGGGGCACAGCUUCGCGUCCGGGAUGUCCUUCGGCGGUGGUGCCGAGCUGGCAGCUGCCCGCGACCUCAUUGAGGGCACCGGCUUUACCGCUGUCGAUCGCGCCUUUGCCGGCGGGCUCGCGGACGGCUCGCUCAGGCCGGCUCCGGCCUUGGGCGCCGUCCAGCUCCCCACCCCUGUUGGCGGCAAGGACGGGCUUGGCGCGGGCGGCGCUGACCUCGACGACAGCGCGGCCUUGUUUGACGAGCUGUACGCGGCCGCUGGCGGGCUCGACGACGCGUUUGGCCUCGAGCCUGUCGACCUCGCGCAGGCGGACUCGUACCUGGCCGAAGAGGACCCGACCCUCUUCCGCCUCGACCGGCGCGAGAUGCAGCGCGCGGACGCCAUCGACCUCCUCCCCGGUGUCGACGACAUGCCGCUGCCAGAGGUUUACGGGUCUGCUGGCUUUGGCGACGACCCGCUCGGCUUCCUGAUGCGGCACACGCCGCCGGCGACGGUGCCGACCGACAGCGUCAGCCUGCCGGAGCUCACCCUCGUACCCCCGGUGGCGUCGGGCGACUUUUUCCUCACGCAGCCGCCGCCAGCCUCGUCGGGCGACUUUUUCGUCGUCUCUCUGCCGCCGCUGGUCCGCCCGGGCGCCGCCUUCGCCUCCUUCCUGUCCUCCGCCCUGCUCCCGCCCUCGCCGCCCUCGCCGCCCUCGCCGCCCUCGCCACCCUUUUCGCCGCCCUCGCCGCCCUCGCCGCCCUCGCCGCCCUCGCCGCCCUCGCCGCCCUCCCGUCCGUCGCCGCCAUCCUCGCCCUCUUACGUGGAUGUGAGCAUUGCGCCCUCUGUGUAUUUUGGCUCGGUGGUGGCGGUGGUGCCGCCGUCGCCGCCGCCGUCCGACCUCGUCUGCAGCGACGAGUGCCCCUACGCCAAGGAUUUCGUCUGCGACGACGGUGGGCCGAACUCCCAGUUCGCCGACUGCGAGUAUGGCACCGACUGCGCAGACUGCGGGCCGCGCACGCUCCCGCCGUCGCCGCCGCUCCUGCCAGUCAACCUGCCGCUGCCGUCGCCGCCGCAGCCCGCGCGACCCGGAUGCACCGCCUCUGUCGCGAGCAACUUUGACCCUCUCGCGACGCUGCACGACGGCUCGUGCGAGUACCUCCCCGGCGGCUGCACCGACCCCGAUGAGUCCAACUACAACCCCGCCGCCGCGGUGGACGACGGCUCCUGCGUGCCGCACACGAUCGGGUGCACAGUCCCCGCGGCGAGCAACUACCAGGCCAACGCAACCAAGGACGUCGGCGGGUGCACCUUUGAGGUGGACGGCUGCACGGAGCCGUCGGCGCUUAACUUUUGGCCGGCGGCGACGGCCGAUGACGGGACGUGCAUCGCGCGGCGGCCGGGCUGCAUGGCGGGCCAGGCGUCAAACUACAACGCCGAGGCGACCGUGCACGACGGCAGCUGCAGGUACGUCGUCCGGGCCUGCACCGACCCGACGGCGCUCAACUUUGCCGCACGGGGCGACCCGCCCGCGAGCCUCGUCUUUGAGCCAGACCCUGCGUCGUGCGUGCCAAACCGGACGGGCUGCGUGGCUCCGUCGGCGCUCAACUACGACGCCUUGGCGACGUUCUACGACGGCUCGUGCUCCUUCGCGGUGGUCGGCUGCCGCGACCCCUCCGCGCUCAACUACAACCCGCUCGCAGAGGUGGACGCGGUCGGCAACCGCUCGUGUGACCUGCCUCGACUCGGCUGCGCCUUUGCAUCGGCAGCCAACUACGACGCGGACGCGACGGUGGACGACGGCAGCUGCGACUUUCCACUCGCGGGGUGCACCGACGCGCGCGCGGCCAACUACCUGCCGAUCGCCACCUCGGACGACGGCUCGUGCGCCAUCCUCGGCUGCACGCGCCCCGGUGCGAGGGACUUUGACCCCGAGACCAACGUGUACGACGGCUCGUGCCCGCCCACGCCCGCAGGCUGCACCGACCCGGCGGCAGCAAACUAUGCGGCGUGGGCGGACGUCUCCGACGCGGGCCUGUGCCGCUACGGCGGCUGCACCGACCCGCUGGCCGUCAACUUUGCGCCGUCCGCCACGUUUGGCGACGGGUCGUGCGUCGCGCCGCUGCUCGGCUGCACCAACAGCUCGGCCGCAAACUACAACCCGCUCGCGCAGCGCAACGACGGCGGCCGAUGCGAGCCGCUGCGGACCUUCUUCUUGGGGGAGGGGGAGGAGUCCCCCGGCCGUGCGCUGUCGGAGAGGGCGCCAGGGCUGCUCUACGGAUGCACCGACCCGAGCGCCGUCAACUUCCAGCCGCUCGCGACCGCCGACGACGACAGCUGCGUCGCCCUCGUGCUUGGUUGCAUGGACACGGAGGCGCUCAACCACGACCCGGCCGCCACGCGCUCGGAGGGGUGCGAGUACGAGGUGGUCGGCUGCGACGACGCGGCCGCCCUCAACUUCUUGCGCCAGGCGACGCGCGGCUGCGCCGAUUGCUGCUUGCCUCGCGUGCCCGGCUGCAUGGCGCGCGGCGCGCCGCCGUACGAGGCGUCCAACUUUGAACCCGAGGCGACGGUCGACGACGGCUCGUGCAGCUUUGUGCUCUCCGCGUGCCUCGACCCGCUCGCGGCCAACCACAUUCCUGGCCUGAGCGGAAUCGCCGCCGUCACCACCAUCAGCAGCGGGUGCGAGUACGCGGGCUGCACCAACCCUGACGCGGCCAACCACGACCCGCGAGCGACGGUGGAGGAUGGAUCGUGCGAGCGGCCGCCGCGCGGGUGCACGCAGCCCGCCGCGGCCAACUUUGUCCCCGCGGCGCGCCUCGACGACGGCUCGUGCGUCGUGAUUGGCUGCACCGACCCGGCGCGCAAGGAGUUCCGCCCACAGGCGACGGUGGACGACGGCACGUGCUCGUGGUCCGUGCUCGGCUGCAGGUCGCCGAGCGCGGACAACUACCUGCCCGCGGCGACGGCGGGCGGGCCGGAGCUCUGCGCGGAGGCGGGCUGCACGCACGCCGUCGCCCUCAACUACGACCCCGCCGCCGACCUGUACAUGGAGGGGGCUUGCGAGUGGGCGCGCGGCGGCUGCACUGCCUUACACGCGCUCAACUACCUCGCGUCAGCGACGGACCGCGCCGACAACUUCAACCCCAUCGCGCGCGUCGACGACGACAGCUGUCUGUAUGUCGGGUGCACCGACUCGUACGCAUCCAACUACGACGUCCUCGCGACGAUUCGCAGCGGCCGGUGCGAGUACGCCGACACCGCGCCGGCGCCGCCGCCGCCGCCGCCGCCGCUGCUGCUCUCGCCGCCGCCAGAGUCACCGGACGCCGCGCCGCCGCCGUCCUCGUCGCAGCGCGUGCCGCGCUGGGCUUGGGGGCUGGUUGGCGCGGCGGUGGUGUGCUUGUGCUGCGUGCUGGGCGGGCUCGCCUAUGCGAGGCACCGGCGCCGGCGGGCCCGCGCCGCUCAGGCGGACGCCGCGCUCGCGGCUGCGGCCACGGCGCUGGGGCAGCCACUCCUUGCCGGCGGCGCCAGCGGAGGCGGAGGCAGCUCGUGUAGCGGCGGGGCCGGCGGCGGGGCCGGCGGCAGCGGCGGCGGGGGGGGGCCUGACGCAAGCGCGCGAGGCGAGGCGCGGAGUGGAGGGCAGCCAGUCGCGGUGGUGCAGCGGCGUCCCGUCGAUCUGGCUCAGCUGGCGCAAGGCCUCGGCGAGGCGCAGCUGGGCGCCUCGUCGGCGGCUUGGCCGCCGACGACGCUCGCGCUGCCGCAUGACAUACGUCUGCCUCUCGUGCCCGGCGAGGGCGGUGGGGCGGAGCCGGGUGGCGCCGGAGCUGACGGCACGCGAUCGCCCGGCGCGUCGUCGUGGGGGGCGUCGACCCUCUCGAUCAUCGACCGACAGGAUUUGGCCGAGGGCGGCGAUCUGGUCGAUUGUGGAAAGGAGGUGGAAUACCGGAUAAACUAUCCGUCCGCGAGAAGGUCGUAG